AUGCGCGCGCGCGCGCUCGAGGCGUUCCUCGUCGACGCCCGCGCGUCGUGCGCGGACGUGCGCACGGAUGCAGAGAGUUUACGAGAGGUGUCGAGCGACAUGGGCGUCCAUCACGGUGCGCUGCCGAACGCCGUCGCGCGUCCGACGACCGCUCGCGAGUGCGCGGGGCUGGUGCGCGUGUGCGCGACGCACGCGGUGCCGUGCGUGCCCAGAGGCGCGGGGACGGGGUUGGAGGGGGGGGCGGUGGCGUACUCCGGUGGGUUGGUUGUGGACACGAGCGCGUUGAAGACGAUCGACGUCGACGCGACGAAUUUGACGGCCACGGUCGGGGCCGGGGUGCUGAAGAGCGAGCUGAAUAAGGCGUUGGCGCCGUACGGGUUUUUGUUCGGUCCGGAUCCGUCGAGUAAUCCGUCGAUCGGGGGGAUGUGCAGCACUGGCGGGAGUGGUUUGUCGACACUCAAGUACGGAACGAGUAAGGAAAACGUACGGUCGAUGCUCGUGGUGACGCCCCAGGGGGAGCUUAUUCGCACGCGAGCGAAGACGAGGAAGUCGUCGACAGGAUACGAGCUCAACGCGCUGUAUCUUGGCGCGGAAGGGACGUUGGGGCUGAUCGUGGAGAUUACGGUUCGCAUUGUGCCCCUGCCAAAGCUUCGAUGCGGCGCGGUUGUGAGGUUCCCAAGUGUCGGUCAGGCGGCGCAAACGACGAGCGACGUGGUGGUCAUGAACUUAAGUACACUCCUCAGAUGUGAGUUGAUGAAUGAUGAGGGGAUCAAGGUGACGAACACCGUGUUCAAGACGACGCUUCCGUGUGCGCCGACGUUGUUUCUAGAGUUCGUCGGGAAUCGAAAGGAGGAAAUGCUCUCGGAUUGGGAUAGUUUUCGCGCUCGAGCGGUCGCGAAUGGCGCCGAAUCGCAUACGUUCGCCGAAGAUGGCGCGCAGUUAGACGCGCUAUGGGACGCUCGGCGCGGAUGUUACCUCGGCGCGAUGCGCUAUCGAGGACUGGAAUCUGGCACAAACUCGAAGGAGAAAGUGUACGUCGGCGACGUGUGCGUGCCCGCGAGUAAGCUCUCGGAGUGCAUUGCCAUCACCGAGCGUGAAUUCAAAAAAGCCCGGUUCCCAUGCGUUAUAUGCGCACACAUAGCCGAUGGGAAUUUCCACUGUUUGAUUCCGUUUCAAGAGAGCGAGCGCGCGGCGCUCCUCGCCCUGGAGGAUAAAGUCAUCGGCCACGCGAUCGCUUUAGGCGGUAGCGCCUCUGGUGAGCACGGAGUGGGCAUCGGAAAGCAAAAGUAUCUCAUCCUCGAGCACGGUGGCGCUCACAUCGACGUACAACGUCGAAUCAAGCGCGCUCUGGAUCCGCUGAACAUCAUGAAUCCGGGGAAAAUAAUUUCCUGGGAUCCGUCCGACGCCGAGCGCAUCGGUCCCCAGCGCCCUGAAUUAGCCAGAUUAUGA